CACGUGCGCGCUUGUUUAGUUCGGAAUCUUGUUUUUCUUUACCAUUAAAUCUAUUAAAAUACUUAAGAAUUAACAAAAAUGUCGAUUCGGGAGAAGCUGCUGAUGAAGAAGAUAGUGAAGAGGGAAAAAAUGAAGAAGGAGCUGUCACAGAAAAAGGCCAAGGCGAAAAACCCAGAGCCCCAGCCUCCACAGCAACAAAAAAAGAAUAAACCCAGUAAAAAGCAAGGCAAGCAGCAGCCCAAAAAGCCUGUGGAUGAGGACGAUGACGAUUUAGAUGACGAUUUCCAGGAGGCUCCAGUGGUUAAAUCAAAGAAACAAAAGAAGGCGCCCAAGAAGCCCCAGAUCCAGGUGGCGAAUUCUGAUUCGGAUUCGGAUGAAGAUGAUUCCGAAGGUGUGCCAGAGGAUGAUGUGGAUGUCGACAGUGAAGAGGAAGAGGAGGAGGAAGAUGAUGUGGCCAAUGGAACCGACGACGAUGAGGAGGAAGAUGACGAAACGCCGGUGCCUGCUAAGAAGUCUAAGCUGCUGCCCAACAAAUCGAAGCCCCAGAAUGGCAAGCCCAUCAAGGACGAUGAGCCCUUCACUGUGGAAUCAUCGCUUGCUGCCUUGGACUACCGAGAUUCGGAUGAUCGAAGCUUUAGCUCGCUGAAAGGAGCCGUUUCUGAGGCCACAUUAAGAGCCGUUCAGGAAAUGGGCUUUACGGAGAUGACCGAAAUCCAGGCCAAAUCAUUGACGCCGUUGUUAAAGGGACGCGAUCUGGUCGGAGCUGCGCAAACAGGUUCCGGCAAAACACUGGCCUUCCUCAUACCCGCUGUUGAAUUGAUAAACAAGCUGCGCUUUAUGCCCCGCAAUGGCACUGGAGUGAUUAUUAUUUCCCCAACGAGAGAGCUGUCCAUGCAGACUUUCGGGGUUCUGAAGGAACUGAUGGCGCAUCAUCACCACACCUAUGGCUUGGUGAUGGGCGGAUCCAACCGACAGGUGGAGAGCGAAAAGUUGGGCAAGGGUAUUAACAUUCUGGUGGCCACGCCGGGAAGACUUCUCGAUCAUUUGCAAAACUCACCCGAUUUUCUGUACAAGAACCUGCAGUGCCUGAUUAUCGACGAGGUGGAUCGGAUAUUGGAGAUUGGUUUCGAGGAGGAGCUGAAGCAAAUCAUAAAUCUGCUACCAAAACGUCGUCAGACCAUGCUCUUCUCGGCUACACAAACCGCUCGCAUUGACGCCCUGUCCAAGCUGGCCCUCAAAGCGGAACCCAUCUAUGUGGGUGUGCACGACAACCAAGACACGGCCACCGUUGAUGGCCUGGAGCAGGGCUAUAUUGUGUGUCCCUCGGAGAAGCGGCUGCUCGUGCUCUUCACCUUCCUGAAGAAGAACCGCAAGAAGAAGGUGAUGGUCUUCUUCUCGUCAUGCAUGUCCGUCAAGUACCACCACGAACUCUUCAACUACAUUGACCUGCCGGUGACCUCCAUCCACGGAAAACAAAAGCAGACGAAACGCACAACCACUUUCUUCCAGUUUUGUAAUGCCGAGUCUGGUAUCCUGCUCUGCACGGAUGUGGCUGCUCGAGGUCUCGAUAUUCCGCAGGUGGACUGGAUUGUGCAGUACGAUCCUCCAGAUGAUCCGCGUGAAUACAUUCAUAGGGUGGGUCGUACGGCCAGAGGAUCGGGAACCUCGGGACAUGCCUUGUUGUUGAUGCGGCCGGAAGAGUUGGGUUUCCUGCGCUACCUUAAGGCCGCCAAGGUGCCGCUAAAUGAGUUUGAGUUCUCCUGGCAGAAAAUUGCCGAUAUACAACUGCAGCUGGAGAAACUGAUAGCUAAGAACUACUUCCUGAACCAAUCCGCCAAGGAGGCAUUCAAAUCAUACGUGAGGGCCUAUGACUCCCACCAGCUGAAGCAGAUAUUCAAUGUCAACACCCUGGACCUGCAGGCUGUGGCCAAAAGCUUUGGCUUCCUGGUGCCUCCCGUGGUUGACCUGAAAGUGGGUGCGGCCAAGAGGGAGCGACCGGAAAAGCGAGUGGGUGGCGGUGGCUUUGGGUACUACAAGAAAAUGAACGAGGGCUCGGACAGCAAGCAACGACACUUCAAGCAGGUCAACCGAGGUCAAGCCAAGAAGUUUAUGCGAUAGUUAUAAUUUUGGGCAAUGAUCUGUCUCUUUAUUUGAUUGUGUAUACAUGU